GUGUGGCAGUGUGGAGGAAGCGUUGAGGUUCUGCCGUGCUCCAGGAUUGCCCACAUUGAACGAGCCCAUAAGCCAUACACAGAAGACCUAACUGCUCACGUCCGGAGAAACGCGCUGCGGGUGGCUGAAGUCUGGAUGGAUGAAUUUAAGAGCCAUGUCUACAUGGCAUGGAACGUGCCCCAGGAGGACUCUGGGAUUGAUAUUGGGGACAUUUCUGAGAGGAGGGCGUUGAGGAAGAAGCUCCAGUGCAAGACCUUCAGGUGGUACCUUGUCAGUGUGUAUCCAGAAAUGAGAAUGUAUUCCGAUACGGUUGCCUACGGGGUGCUGCAGAAUUCCCUGAAAAGCGACUUGUGCCUUGAUCAGGGGCCAGAUACAGAGAAUAUUCCAAUCAUGUACAUCUGCCACGGAAUGACACCGCAG